CCCUCGGAGGUCGGGGGCCCCUAAGCAACUGCAGUGUCUGCUACCGAUAUAUUCGACAUUUCUGUCCAGAAACAAAGUGUGGAUUCAAAUUCAAACAGGAAUCCCACAUAUGGUAAUGCGGUCCAGAGGGAGGGGUGUUGAGCAGCAUCUCGUCCCUCCUCCGUGUCCGUCCAGGAGGAAGUUUUUGUUUUCUGUGGAGAGACGCAGCGGGCGGGACUACAACACUACAUGAUGACUUGAGAUGUGAAGGAUCCUACGUUUUUCCAUCACCACCAUUAUUCUACUGUUUUCUAGAUAAUAUGGAGUAAAGCUCAGCAUGGUCACCGGAGCUCCGUUAGUUUUGAAGCACUCAGCUGCUGAGCUGUGAGAGGAAGCGAAGCGGCUGCAUUAUGGCAAAUGUUAAAGUUGCCAUUCGGGUCCGUCCUCUCAACCAAAGGGAGGCCACCGAUGGAGGAAAGCUAGCGGUUCAGGUGGAGGAUAAACUAGUUAGCAUCCGAAAUGUGAAGUUGGACGGGCGGUCAGAGGGAGCUGUUGGUUCCAGAGAGAAGCUUCUGGAGUUUUGUUUUGACUACUGCUACUGGUCUGUGGACCCUGCAGACCCUCACUAUGCAUCGCAGGAGGAGGUUUUCCAGGACCUUGGCAUGUCAGUGCUGGCUGGAGCAUCUGAGGGCUACAAUGUGUGCCUGUUUGCUUACGGCCAAACAGGAUCUGGAAAGACAUAUACCAUGAUGGGAACAGCGGAGUCCACUGGCUUGACGCCUCGCAUUUGUCAGUGUCUCUUCUGUCCUCAAGUUUUGUUCUCUGAUGGACAAAACUCAAGCAGAGUGGAAAUCAGCUUUUUAGAGAUCUACAAUGAACGUGUCAGAGACCUGCUGAGAGGAGGGGAGCAGAAGAGGAGAACUUCCCUUCGAGUUAGAGAGCAUCCUGAUAAAGGGCCUUAUGUUGAAGAUCUUUCACAGCACCUUGUCACUGACUGCAAACAGGCCCUAGACCUCUUGGACGAAGGCGUCGCUAACCGCAUGACGGCUGCAACUCACAACCACGACGCCAGCAGCAGAUCCCACGCCAUCUUCACUAUUCAGUACACACAGGCAAUAUUAGAAAAUAACCUCCCUUCAGAAACUGUAAGCAAGAUUAACCUGGUGGACUUGGCUGGAAGUGAGAGAGCUGAUCCCCAGUACUGCAGGGACAGACUGACAGAGGGAUCCAACAUUAAUAAGUCGCUGGUCACUUUGGGUAUUGUCAUCUCUGCUCUCGCCCAGAACUCCCAGAUGUCAAGCAGCUGUCAGAGCAUCAACAGCGUGGCCUCCGAGGGUGACAGCAGUACGUUGGGAAGUCACAGCAGCUCCCUGUCUGGAGGAGGAGGGAGGCGGCAUUGCUUCAUUCCCUACAGAGACUCAGUCCUCACUUGGCUAUUGAAGGACAGUCUAGGUGGCAACUCCAAGACCAUAAUGAUUGCAACGGUCUCGCCUUCUGCUAACAGCUACAAUGAAACCCUGAGCACCUUGCGCUAUGCCGCUCAUGCCAGAAACAUCGUCAACAAGCCUCGUGUUAAUGAGGAUGCAAAUGUUCGGCUCAUUCGGGAGCUGAGAGAGGAGAUCGACAGGCUGAAGAGCAUGCUGCUCAGCUUUGAGUUGCAAUGUAAUCCCAGUCCAUCCUUGAGCGAUGAGAGGGAAGGAAACCUUUCAGAAAUCGUGCUACAGAAUGAGCUGAAGGUGGAGCAGCUCACACAGGACUGGUCAGAGUCCUGGAGGGACAAGAAGGAGCUGCUGGAGCAAUACAACGUGGACAUCAACAGAGACAAGGCCGGUUUCCUCAUCAACUCCCUUCAGCCUCACCUGGUUUCGCUGGACAGAGAUGUUCUCAGCACCGGAGUUAUUUUCUAUCACCUCAGGACUCCUCUUCUUCAGCUUAUUCUGAUAUAUGUCUCUGCUAAAAAACUCUUGACUAAAGGUGCGUUCUCAUGUCUUCCCUCUGUUCUAUCACUCCUCCCACCCAAAACCCUUAGCACAUGUCACAUGUCUCUGCAGCCGUGCACAAAGCUUGGUUGGAUCAGACACUCUUAGGCUCUGAGACAUGGA